AUGUCCUUCCCAACUGAGGUGGACGUAACCACACGCGACAUGCUGCGAACCUGGGCAGUUCGUUCCCGAAUACCCCACCAGCACCUGACAAAUAUGCUGAAGCUUUUGAGGCAGAUGAAACCAGCCGACGCGUCAAACAUGCCCUCGGACGCACGAACACUUCUCGGCGGAGCAGGCGACCUGCCACCGGUAACGGCAUUGGGCAGCGGUGAGUACGUUCACUUAGGACUUGUAAAGCAGUUGACUGAGCAGUUACGUGCCUUUUCCAUGCAGUUGACAGGUGAUGAGAUAGUAGCGUACUUAGCCAUCGACGAUCCUCCUAUUCAUAAGAAGACCAAAAGAGAAUUUUGGCCAAUUUUAGGCAGAAUUAUCCAGCCCUUUGUUAGCCAUAUUCUUGCAGUUGGAAUUUAUUGUGGACAGGGAAAGCCGCCCGAUGUUCAGUCAUUUUGCAGCCCGCCAGUAGAAGAGUUAGGAACCCUUGCAAAUCCUGGUCUGCGUGUCGAUGUCAUCGACAGAACUCUGCAGUUCCGCCUGGCAGCCGUUAUCUGUGAUGCAUACUACGGUUGUGAACGGGGCUAUGUAAAAGGGAGAAUACCUUGACAAAGUAGUCUAUGACAAUGUCUCUGAGCCUGCUAGGACGGAUGAGGAGUUCUUGUCUCCUGCUGACGGCAGUCAUCGAGCUGGUAUUUCACCUUUGCUAGCUUGCAAUCUCGGAAUGAUAAGUUCAUUUCCCUUAGAUCCCCUUCAUUUAGUUUACCUAGGUGUAAUGAGGAGGCUGUUGAACUUGUGGCUUCGAAGCCCAAGGGAGAAUCCCUUUAGGUUGUCAAGGGCUGCAGUAAAUACGCUUAAUGAAAGGCUGAAAUUGCUGAAUGCGUACCUGCCACGGCAAUUUUUGCAGCGUGCCAGGUCUCUUAAUGAUGUAGGCACAUGGAAGGGAACGGAAUUGCGUCAGUUUCUGCUUUACACAGGCAUAGUGGUCAUGCGGGACAUUCUUCCUCGUAAAUGUCGGAAGCAUUUUUUUUAUUACUUUUCGCAGCAGUACGCUGUAUGGUUAGGCCGAAUUGGUGUACUAUGUUCACAGCAUUGUCCGCCUACCAGACGAUGUCCUGCGGCAUGGUCAGUUGGAUAGUUUCUCGUCGUUUCCAUUUGAAAUUUUCCAGGGCAAACUGAAGCGGAUGCUUAGAAAACCGUCACAGCUACUGCAGCAAGUAGUACGCCGGCUAGCCGAAAUACAUGGUGAGUGUCAGGCAGAAAGCAGUCAGUUGCAGUGGACUUUUAAUUAUGAACAUUCUAAUGGUCCAUUGCCGGAAACGGGUGGGUGCUUAGUCAGUUUAAGUGUAUUUAUAUAAAUAACCUACUAAUUGGGACGUCACUUAGUGAAGGAUCAGUCGUAGUCGACGGAAAGUUAAUUUAAAUCCAAAACACCACCAGUUAUGCAUCUGGCAACGUAGCAGUAGUGUAUGUUGAGUACGAUAACAUAGAAGAUUGUCUAUUUUAUCCUACUAAUUCAUCGCAAUUAAAGAUUUUUAAGGCUACUUUAGGAACUGUACUCAAAACCUGUCCACUGCCAAUAUCGGUGCGCAAGUAUGCCUGUUUUCCAAUCGACGACGAGUACUUCCUUAUGGAAAUCCACGGACGUUGGGACGCCGACUAUCAGCAGUGCCUGGUUGGCCAAGCACAAUCGACGAAAAGAUGAUGGCGCCCGCUGGACGGUAUUUUUCACUCAUAUACUAGGCAAAAAGGUCAGUUGCACUGUUGCUCCAACCAUUCAUCGGUCGCUUUUCACGUAUCCUUCAACCCAUCAGUCCCUGAGCUUAUGAUACGUGGAUGGUGAAGGGAGGCAGCGGUUACGGAUGAUGCAAUCACUAUCAAUGCUUAUACAUCAGGUCUCUGCGUUGCGUCAACAACACGCAGCGAUGAUGAAUCUGCUCAAGGGCUUUAGGAGCAUAUCUAUCUGCCCAUCUAGGUCCUCCGGAUUCAACUUGAGGCAGGUGGACACUCCAGAGCAGCUGGACGCCCUCGUCAAUGCUCUCGGCGACAAUACGUAUCGUCAACAACUGGUAUGUUACGUAACGACGGUGUUCAUUACUUUGCUAGGCGACGUACUUGUGCUCUCUUGGCGGGGACACUGUCGUGUCCUUCGUUGACCGAGUUUUCGCAGAGCUGUUCUCCGAAGAAAUCACCUCCUUCGUCACCUUCUAUGGUCGACAACAGGGAAAGAGGCCGUUCUUCGAAACGCCCCUGUGUAAUUUGGUUCUAGGUAUGACUUGUUAUGCAUGUAUGCCGGUGGAAUUUAUUACAGAGGUUCUUGACCACUGAAACAGAGGACAGUGUUUGGAUUUCUUGGUGUAAAAUGAUGGUCAGUGUACGCUGUCGACCAGGGGAUGAGUGGUACGCCAAUGUGCGGGUUUUCGCCGUGCCAGCCACCUGCGAAUUCUGCCGUUGUAACGCCCCUGGACUUGGGCAGAGUUGUUCGAAUGAGGUGACACUUUUCCGCGCGAUGACCUAGGGUGGAGAUGGCGUAGUCGCGUGUCGGUGAAGAUAACCGGUGUCCCUCACCCUCUCUUCUGCCGAUCCCUUUCACCCUCGUCGUAACGUAACGUAUCGUCCGAACCGCUCGCCUCCUCGCUACAUCGGCAGUCCCUCGGCCCUUCCCUGUAGUUGCCCCCAACGCUGCGCUCCCCACCGGUUUACUAGCUGGCAUGUUGGCAUCGUCUCUCCACCCAGACAUGUCAAUCUACAGAUGUAACCGUCCUACCUGUACUAUUAACGAUUAUUAUGCGUUUCCCCGUGCAACCUCGUUUUAUUACACUUUAUCUCUUAUUCGACAUGCCUUCUUCUUCUGUGUAUGGAUGUGUAUCAAGGAAUGCUAACAGCUGCGUUCAGGUCUACCCCGGUCAAGAGCUCUUCUCGGCGUUUCCUUACUCCGGUGUGUGCUACCCUUGACGUCCUCGGCCGCUACACCGUCUCUGAUCUUCUUGGCCCUCUCUUGACACCAAACCCAGAUGUGUUUGGUGGAGAGAUUUUGGUGGAUUCAGCGCACGUCUGUUAUCACUUUAAACUAUCUCACGUGCACGCCACCGUCUCUGCUACUACCCUGCUGUGGAGCACACAGCUGUGUGCAUCGUCGGUCACUAUGGCCGAACUGUCGUCUAUAGGGAUACCAGGGGUGUUGAGAAAAUCCCCUGCGACUAGUCCGAUAGAAGAAGAUUCAACCUUACGUCGCAGAACAGACAAAUUACCAAAUUUCUAGAAGUGAUAAUUGCAGUGGUCGCUGUAGUUUUAAAAGAAUGCGAAACAGGUUUGUGAGUCGACAUACCCGCGCAGAAGGAAUCCGGAAGUUUGAAGCUGCAGCUUCAAACAUGUAAGCACUCAAAGUGGUCAAGUUCAACUUCUCAAAGUGUUUCGAAUUUGGUUUCAAAUUUUCUUCCCCAGAGGAAUUUAGUUACUUCGAGAUUUCGAUUUACUGUAGACUCUUAGAGCCUGCCGGAAUUAAGAAUUGAAUUCGACUCGUCAAUAUCUUCCUCCCAAAUAGUCUCCUGCAGCACAUUCACAGAAUUGGCCUGUUUUGGCCUUCCUCGUUUCUACUGCAUACAACCCAGAAAGACGCAUUAUCUGAAGAAAAGUACAUCCACAGCUCCUACAAAGGCCGAGUGGCUUUUCUACAAUUAGACAUUGUUUCGUCAUCGUCUCAACGUAUUUGUCUAAAUUCCCAGGAAUUUAGAACAGUUUUUCUCCGAUCGACCGAGAAGCUCCGAAGCUUCUCGACUAUACCUUUCUAUUCAGCUGAUGAAGUUACUUUCUACCGAAAGAUCAUCAUAAAAGCCUUCCUUCAUACGUAAGCCUACGAUCUUUUCGGUGAAGUUUAUUCUUGUGGAUAUAGAAAAGUUGUCCUGAAUGUUGGAGUCCGCACUAGUUCCAAAGUAACACGCACUCGGGGUUUGAACCGGGGACCUCAAAAGUUGGAGUCCGCUCCGCUAACGCCUACACUACCGACGCACGACUGAGCUGCGCAGCUAAAAGCAUUGUUAAUUAGUCACCACAGAAUCACGUAGGAUAUGCAUGUAAUGGUUGUCAAACGACAGCCUACAAGAUGCAUCAACUAAAGGAAGAAGUUAGGAAUCUGAAGACUCUUUCUGCAGAGGACCGCUCGGUGUUAUCUACGCAGGGGUUAACUCGGAGUAGAGCAAGAGCCAUCCCUGUAAGGAAUCCCCAGAAAGCAAUCAAGUGGUGAAUAAGACACCUUCUAUUCGCACCCUUAUAGCAAUGAAAGCCGACUCUAAGUUAGACUGUCGACAUUCGCUCAUUGCUGCUAUUUAAUUGGCUCUCGCGGCCCAGGGGCCUGGCGUCGCUAACGCCGCAGAUGACUGCGCGCUUGAUUAUUGGCAAAUCGAUCGGACGACGCGCUGGCUUUCGCGCGAGCGCUCUGUCACGCCAUUUCCUGCUUGCCCACGCUGCUAGGCGCCUGUGGUUACUGCUCUCACGUUGUCAAUUGGCCCUGCACAUAUUCUGUGUCUCCAUAACACUGUUUUCUUGUUUUAUCGUAGAAUGUAGACGAAAAUAUCGAAGCGAACCCUCAGAAGACGUGUUCAGCGUGGUCUUCGCGCACGUUUUCACACAAUUGCAGAGACUAUGAGGAAAAGAUAUCCGUCUGACUCAGCGUCAUCCUCGUGGGAUAGUCUCUUAUCCUCCAGUUCCUACACCUACACAGAGACUUGUUCUUCUGACAAAUAAGCCUGUUUCCCUCAACUGGCUCCGUACACUAAACUAGAUGAAUUUACACGGACGCAGUCAAGUGAUAGUCAUCUAGAGGCCACUUUAGAGGCAUCGGAACCGACCGUAAGUAGCGGCUUCCGGGGAAAAAAAGAAUAAGAUGAAGAGGGCACUUAACACCACGGGAAAAGUCGCCAGAAUACGAAAUACAGUAUAUCAGUCUUACCCGAAAAGCAGUUGCACGCAAAAAAUGAAAGGGCUGGAAGGGAUGAGGCAGAUGACGCUCAAACUGAAUAAUCCUCAGACUAUGUGCUCACUACCGGAGCCUAAAUUAGAGGGAUAAUAAAUUGGCGCAAAGACAUAUGGCUGUGGACCCAGGGUGGAAUUAGCUGCCCCUGCGAAUUCCCAUGCCAACAUGGUUGAGAACUGAACUGAGGAAGUCUCCACUUCAUGGGGGUCAAGUUCUACUCAGAUCAACCACAGUGCGUAACGCUUCACGGUGCCCCAACAGGAUCCGCGGACGAACUUUACGGGGACAAAAGUACCUAUAUGGCUGCCCCCUCCUUUUCGCCAGUCCACUUAAACGAGGCUAAAGUACCAGCCAACAACGCCCAAACCGCAGAAAACAGAGGAAUGCUUAAAAAGGACCACAGCAUCAUAAUUCAGGGCCUCUCAGAGUCCUCCGCCAGUACCCUCAGGGAACGAGUCGCUGCUGACUUAGAGCAAUUCCAGAAAAUCCUAAAUGAAAUGUUGCAACCAACGGAAGAUAUCACAGUCCUAAAAGCGUUUCGUCUUGGUAGCCGUACAAACGCCGCUCCACAGACGCGACGACGACCCCUAAAAUCAUCCUAG